AUGGACAUUCAACUGGUUAGAGGAAGCUGGAAACAACCAACUGGUGCUGAUUAUGAACAGAGACAACUGGGGAAACAGGGCCAUAAAUGGGGCUUCUUGGGAUGGCUGGCUAUUUCUCGAGGAGGCCGUGUCGCUUUUCUCAUGAGUAGAACGUUGUUGCUAGACCAAGUUGAUCCAGACAGCGCGGCCCCGAGUUGUAUCCCAUUGAAUUCUUUGAGGGCAAUAUGUAUUCAGAAAAUCGUGUGUGGCCGCUGUGAAGAGAACUCUGGUACGUGGUUAGGUAUUUCUAAGAGCGGCCGAGUCUCUUUUCUCGUCGGUUCGGCUAUAACGUUCGACCAAAUUGGACAUCAAGGCAGCUCGGAGAUGUACCCUGUCCGUUUCCUAAAUGAAAACUCUAGUCCAAUGCAGUUUGCGGAAGACCUGGCACAAGAUGAAGAUUUGAAGCAAUGGCACACCUAUAGCCUUAUUGUUGCAGACCUGAAUAUGCAAUCAAUGGUUACACGGCUAAGAGACCUAUUCAAUGAGUUGGUUGUUUUAUUUGGAGACCAUGACCAACUUCCACCGUUGGACCAGAUCGCUUGCGUGUUUAUGUAUGAUGAUUCUGAAGGAACCAAUGCUUUAUGUCUCGACACUAUUGAGGAUCAUCUACUGCUUGGAAGGCAACGCUACGGAACUACAAGUACGACAGCAUUGGUGGUGAAACGCACUAGGGAAGUGAUGUUCUUUGAGAGGUUCAGGGACAUUAAUGGUGAAUGGGACUGUAACGAGCACGACUUCAAUCUCAAAACAUCCAGUAAAAGAGUUACAAAGAAACAAUAUUGCGCAGCAUCCAAAUAUAUCAUUAAUAAUUAUCUAUAA